AUGUUCAUCAAUACACUCGUAGAAGGAAAAAUCUCAGUAAAAGCAUUAAUUGAUACAUCGUCAAAGUUUAAUACUAUUAGUAAGAGCUUGUUCGAUAAGCUUAAAGAAGAUUAUAGAAUAUGUGAUCCUGUUGAGAAUCUCUAUAAAGAUGUAAUAGGUGAAAUAAAAUGUUUAGAUUUGCAAUUUUGCUAUAAAGGAAAGUGGCGAAGUUUAGAUGGUACUGAACAAAAAUUAGCUUUGGACAUUCUCCCAAAACCUAUGACAGCUAUGCUAGAAUUCUCACCCAAUUCCAAUCCAUCUCCGAAAGAUAUUGAGGACAUAAUUAGAUUUAUAAUUCAUGCUGUAGAAAAGGGUACUUCACACCAUAUUAUUUCUGAUUCCCACAAAUAUCAACACUGUCAUACUGGUUCAUAUGGAAAGAAGAAAAAAAAUGGAAAAUCUAAGGUUGCCAGAACUAUUUCAGUAUUUGAGUCAGAAUCUUCCGUUAGCGAUUCAAGUAAUUCUUCCACAUCUAGUUUGGAAAUAAAAGUUACACAUGCAUAUAAGACUAGAGCAGUAAAGAAAUGCCCUAUUAGAAAGCGUAAAGAGGAUUCACGUUGGAAAUCCAGGCUUCCUUAUUUUCAGAAUAACGAAACAUGGAGCCUGAUAGAUUUUUUACAGUGGAGCAUAGUGUAUGCGAAAGAUUUCGGAAAAAAGGAAGAAGAACACAGGACGUAUAAGAUUUGUUUAGAACAACUUACUCAAAGUCCUCAUUUAUUAAAGUCUCAUGAUAGUAAACCUGUCCAACGGUUGGCGUCACUGUGUUUGAAAUCACUCGAGAAAGAAAAGAAUCUAUCCGUAGUAGGAGCCUUUUGGAAAAACAAAACCAACGUUAUGAAAACGCUAAAAAGAGCAUCGGCUCUGAAUUCCCAAAAUCUAAUUAACCAAAUGUUGGACUUACACCACGAUUUCAGCGAAGCUCUAUCCAAUACUACGCGAGAAACUAUAGAACCAGCUUUAAAACGGAAGUCAUCUCCCAAUCCAUCCGAAAGAAGAACGAAAAAAGUUGUAAUUAAUCCGAGGAACCAAACAGAAUAUGACAGUGAUGUAAGCGAUACUACAUUAGAAGAUUGGAAUGAAGAAAAGCCUGAGGAAUUUGAUGCGCACACUGUUACUGCACCCACGAUUGGCCUUUUUUAUAAAGGACAGUCGUAUUGGUCAUCUUAUGAAAUGUCAUUCCAAAAAAUUGACGAGGAAAGAAAGUGGCACUUGUCUUCAGGAAGAAAUGUGGAAGACGUCCUCUAUGCGUACGCGUCGAAAUUGGAAUAUGAGCAACCAGCACAUUCUUUUAUUAUAGACACAUCAGAUAAUAAUAUCAAAAAUUUAUUUACGAAAACCGAAUGGGAGGAAGUUAUAGGCACUAAUAAGAGAACUGCGCCAGCUAUUGACAAGGCUCUUGUGGAGCAUUUACUGAAAGAACAUUUUGACUUUCAAUAUAUACAUCAAGUUUUUUCUUAUCUGCUGGACGAAUAUGAGUCAUCGAAGAAUCGAUUGAUGCAACCACAUGCAGAGGGGUGGUAUGCAAUCAAUGUUUGGAGCAUAUUGAUUGAUAAAACAUUCUUAAAUAUUCCUGAUAUAGAACUUGUUCGUGGUGAGACGUGUAGCGUUGCAUCAAGCAACCGAAAGAACGAUGACGAAAUGUACAGGAUAAAGGGCCAGAGAAAGGCACUUGGACAUCGUAUUGAUGGUAUUUUUCAAAAUACAGUCAACGACUAUGAAUAUGGAGGAAUUGAAGUCGCGAAAACGUGUCAAGGCCCACAUGAUAGGAAAUAUUUAGGCAACUUCUUGAAACUCACGAAACUCCUGAAAGAUAUAUUCCAUCAACAAUCAAAUAUUGUUGAUCAUGAUGAAACGGUAGUUAAAAAAAUAGAGAUAGUUGGCUUGUUACAUUCACGCCUUCAGUUGCAACAGUUCCUGAUGGAUUUCGGAGGCGGUUCGUGUUUGCGCCUCAGAAAAGAAACAACUAGAAAUAUUCCUCUGCAUCUUGGUAACGUAAUGGAGCUUAUCAGCACAGUUAUAUCUAUUCUUCAAGCAAAACUCCGAAUCCAACAUUGUAUUGAAGUGUUAAAAAACGAACCUGAGGAUGAAUUAUUCUUACAUGAAAUUACCCAACCUCCUUCGCGUCCUUCUACUCCACCUAGAACUGGAGAAAAAGAUAUUUCUACAAAAGAUGCUUUGCAAUCUCUAGUAAAUUCCAAUGAUACUCCUGAUGAUCCAUCAUCUGAUAUAAUUGAUAAAACUUUAAAUUCUAAUGAUACUCAUGAACAGAUAAUCUCACGUAAUGAGGAGUCUAACACAUCUAGCCACGAA